AGAGAAAACAAGUAGUACACCAUUAGAGUAUAUGAAUGAGCUAAUGGAAGGGUAUGAAGAUGAAGGAGAGGAGGAGGAGGAGGAGGAAUGCAGAUUGGGAGCAAUGAAGGAGAUGAUGUAUAAAAUAGCAGCCAUGCAGCCGGUGGAUAUCGAUCCGGCGACGAUAAAAAAGCCGAAGAGAAGGAACGUGAGAAUAAGCGAUGAACCGCAGAGCGUGGCGGCGAGACACAGGAGAGAAAGGAUCAGUGAAAGGAUUAGAAUACUUCAGAGGAUGGUCCCUGGUGGAACAAAGAUGGACACUGCUUCAAUGUUGGAUGAGGCUGUGAGGUAUGUGAAGUUCUUGAAAAGGCAGGUGCAGGAGUUGCAGGCUGGUGUUCCAUUGCAGGAAACUGCUGCAGUGUUUGUUGGAGUUGAAGAUAUGGAAUGGGGUGGUCAUGGUCAUGGCCAUGCAGCUUCUUCAUCAUCUCCAUCUUCUUCAUCUUCUGCCAUUGGAGCACCAACUGCUGCUGCUGGAUCAGGGUUUGGGUUUACCACUAGUACUACUACUACUAGUACUACUACUACUAAUACUACAAAUUAUUAUCACUGAAAUUUGAAGUAGUGUUUCUUGUUAAGUUAGUUGAGGUAAAGAGUUGAGUGUGUUUGUGUGUAUAAAAAGAGUAUGUUGUGAAUGAAGUUUGUGUUUGUGUU